AUUUUUCCUCACCCAUAAUUUUCUUUAUCGUCUUCCUAGUCUUUAUUCAAACCAGAGAACUUUAAUUUUUCCCCUUCAAUUCUAAAAAAAAAUCAUUAAUUUGCUUAUAUAUAUAUGGAUUAAAAUCUGUAUGUGUAUAUAUCUAUUUCCCAGGAAAAAAUUGGGGUGAAAAUGUACACGUUGAAAGACAAAGUAGCGGGAAGUCUUUCACGUUUAUUUGCAGAUUCACCGUCUCCUUCUCCUCCAUCUUCUGCGCCAGAUCUUUCUCAGGCCAGAUGGUACUCCAAAGGGUCAAAAUCUGUGUCUUCAAUAGUUUCUGACAUUAUCCCUUCACUAAGCUACGGUGAGUCUGAAUUGAAUGAUAAUGGAACUAGUCUAAAGCCGGUUCAGUCGCAUCCCAUUAGAUGGAAAAAUUACAAAUUAGAGAUGCAACAUGAAGUCCCAAACAGCGGGAAAGUUUGGACUCAUAAUGAGGAUAAGCAAAUGGUUGUUAAACUUGGUCAUAACAACUUCGAGAUGCAAUAUGAAGCCCCAAAUAGUGGUGAAGAAUACACCACUCCUUGUACGAGUAGGGAAUUAAAAAAGGCCAGUGAAGAUGAGAAGAAAAUUUGGAUUGAUAAUGAUGAUAAUAAGCAAAUGGUUGUUAAACUUAGUCCUCAUAGUGAGAAUAGGGACAACGUUUCUGAAAGGAGCAGUACUGAUUCUGAAGAAUUUCAAGAAGCAAGUGGACAGCAGAGUCCAAUGAAGCCUACACCAAAACUUUCUGAUGAAUCUGUAUUCAUUAGCUAUGAUUUGUACGAGUUCUUAAUGUCUUCCCUUCCCAAUAUUGUUAAAGGGUGUGAAUGGAUGUUGUUGUAUAGUACGUUAAAGCAUGGUAUAUCACUUCGUACUCUAAUUCGUAAGAGUGCUGCACUUCCUGGCCCUUGUUUGCUGAUUACUGGAGAUAAGCAAGGGGCUGUCUUUGGGGCAAUGUUAGAAUGUCCAUUGAUACCUACACCGAAGAGAAAAUAUCAGGGAACGAACCAGACUUUCGUAUUCACAACCAAAUAUGGUGAACCGAGGCUAUUUAGAACCACUGGUGUGAAUCGUUAUUAUUAUAUAUGUAUGAAUGACAUGUUAGCACUCGGAGGUGGUGGAAACUUUGCUUUGAGCUUCGACGGAGAUCUGUUGAGUGGAACUAGUGGACCUUGUGAAACGUUCGGGAACCUAUGUUUGGCUCGUAACGAAAACUUCGAACUAAAGAACGUGGAGCUUUGGGGAUUUACACAUGCAUCACGAAACUGAAAGCAAGUGAAAGAAAGACUGAAGUUUAUUUGUUUUUAAGCUGAAAUGAUAAAACCAGUAUCGGAAUUGUCAUUCUUUAUUCUUUAAUUUGUACCAUACAUGAUUUGCCCUACAUUUUUGGGGGGCUUAGAUUGAGCGUGGUUGGCAAAUACUUUGUAAGUUAUAAAUUAUGGUUUUCUUGCA